AACGAAAAACAUUUAAAAAAAACAAAGAAAUCGAAUGGGGUUUCGUCUUAUGCGUUUGUGUUUUUGGUGAUUCGACCCGCCGACUGAGCGCAAAAUUUAAGGGGAUUUGGACGAAAUUGUGUAUAUUUUCGUGCAUGUUUUGGCAUUCGGGGGCAUGAAUGGAGAAUCUGACCCUUAAAUGGCAGGGCUUUGCGCUUGCAGUGCAUGGAAUCAGGCAAAUUCAUCGCGAUUUUGGCGUAAAGCUACGAUCAGAUGACAUUUUUUUAUAUGGAAGAGCAAUGGUUUUUGAAUUUGUCUGAGAUUCUGGUGAGUUUUUCGUUAGUGGCUGAUUAUUGAGCUGUUGAGGCUUCGUUUCACUGUAUUUGAGCCGGGGUUGUGGCUGUCUGGAUUCACAGCUUUAAUUUAAGGCAGAGGAAGGAAAUUUUCGGUAAAUAAUGGCUCAAGAUAGUUGGAAUGGGGAGAGCGACGAGAGUGGCUGCCAGCCUCCCGAAGCUCCCCUUCUCUGCGCAAAUGAUUGCGGAUUUUUUGGAAGCCCUGCCACAAUGAAUUAUUGUUCAAAGUGCUACAAGGAUCUUGUGCUGAAGCAGGCUAGGGUUUCGAAAUCAUCUGCCGUUGCGGCUCCUGCUCCUCCGCAAAUUGAAGAUCUUGUUCAGGCGGUGGCAGAGGGAGAGACGUCUUCCGGAGGAGGAGUGCCGCUAAAGACGCCGGCGAAUCGCUGCAAUUGUUGCCGGAAGCGCAUUGGAUUGACAGGCUUCAAGUGCCGCUGUGGUGAAAUGUUUUGCGCCCUCCAUCGCUAUUCAGACAAGCACAAUUGUUCCUACGAUUACCGGAAAGCUGGCCAGGAAGCAAUUGCCAAGGACAAUCCGGUGGUCAAGGCGGAAAAAAUUGAGAAGAUUUGACGAGGAAUUCGAGGGUUUGUUAAUUGUUCAAAACCCUUGAUGUUGAAUCUUAAUUUUAACUUGAUCUCGCAUGGUAUCUUGACAGCCAAUCAUAGUAGACCCUUGUUUCAUCUUCAUUUUUAUUUCACUGCAUCGGAUAUGGUGUAUGCCAUUAUUGGAUACUUCUGUUCUGUUACGCUGAAAAUGGGUUUGUACAGUUAAUUUCAUGUGUUGGGGCCAAUUCCUGUCAUGACAUUUUCGAAUUCUUAAUCUGAUUUUAGUUUGAUUGUGUU